AUGUCUGGAGUGCCCCCAGGCGGUCCCGGCAGGCUGCCUUACGCUCCUUCGUUACCAGGCAGCAACCCUCGAAUGCCUCCAAAUCAAGGACGACCGCCGCCAGGAAGCUCAUACGGCGCGGAUCCAUCUCAAGGCUAUGGGACCCCUCAAGGUUAUGGUGAUCCUCGUGUAAGCCAAGGGUCUGGCCCUCAGUCGCCUGCGAUGCCGAGAUACUCAGAGAAAGGGCCGUCUGGGCCGUCUGGUGCUCGAAGGGUCACUUUGAGAGUUGAGAAGGUUGCCGACAGAACUUUGCAGUCUCGCCUGAUUUACGGCAAUAUAUGCGCUGUAGCGCCGGAGGACUUCCCACCGAGUCGAGACGGUACCGACCUCUAUAUCCUCGUGCGAGGUGGACAGCCAGAAGGAGAAUUCGUUGUCACAGCAAAGCCUGUACCCGGCUUUCCCCAAGGCGGCAUUAGUCUCUCCGACCCUCAGCGUUCUUGGUGUAAUAUCACCAUUCGCGACAUAUUCACCGGAGAACUAUAUGAUCCUUUUGCUCAAGGAGGGAGGGCGUAUUUGGGGUCCGUUGAUCUAGAAGUCGGCUUCGCAUCACCCAAUAAGAGAACAGACGCCCCUUACGAUGAGGAUCAUCUGGCGGCGCAAUUUUCUGACACCUUCGCAAACCAGGUUCUGGCCCCCGGGCAGAGAAUUCUUAUGGAUGUCCGCAAUAUCCCAUUGUUGAUUGUUGUCAAGACAGUCGGGCUUGUGGACCUUGCCAUGUCCUCAGAUGACCCUAGCAAGCAAGUCUUCCGGGAAGGGCAUGCGAGAGGUAUUCUCACCAGUCAAACAAGAGUGUUGUUCCAUCGUGAUGGUAGAAGUGAUUUUCACAUGAAGCCAUCUAUGAGCAAGCCCAACUCCAACGCCAUUUUGGCGCCAGACUUCAAGUUUGAAGACAUGGGUAUUGGUGGUUUGGGUGACGAAUUCUCCACCAUCUUUCGUCGAGCUUUCGCCUCUCGUGUGUUCCCUCCCGGUCUCGUGGCAAAGAUGGGCAUCCCACAUGUCAAAGGAAUGUUGCUUUACGGUCCUCCCGGUACCGGCAAGACCCUUAUUGCCCGCCAAAUCGGCAAAAUGCUCAACGCACGCCCGCCAAAAGUUAUUAAUGGCCCUGAAGUUCUUAACAAGUACGUGGGACAGUCUGAAGAAAAUAUUCGAAAGCUAUUUGCGGAUGCCGAGAAGGAGUAUAAAGAAAAGGCCGAAGAAAGUAGUCUUCACAUCAUCAUUUUCGACGAACUCGAUGCCGUAUGCAAACAGCGUGGAUCGGGCGCGGGAGGAGGAACUGGCGUUGGUGACAGUGUGGUGAACCAGCUGCUUUCCAAGCUUGACGGUGUCGACCAGCUGAACAAUAUUCUGCUUAUAGGAAUGACCAAUCGAAAGGACAUGAUUGAUGAUGCGCUCAUGAGACCUGGUCGUUUGGAAGUCCAUAUUGAAAUUUCUCUACCAGAUGAAGAGGGUCGAUUUGACAUCUUUAACAUCCACACUGCUAAAAUGAGGGAGAACAACAUUCUCGAUUCCGACGUCGACCUGAAGGAGCUCGCGAGCAUGACCAAAAACUACUCAGGUGCCGAGAUUAACGGUGUUGUCAAAGCCGCAGCAUCAUUUGCAUUUUCGCGCCACACAGAAGUCGGUCAAAUGGCUGCUGUCAAACAGGACGUUGCCAGCAUGCAAGUCAACCGCGCGGAUUUUAUGCUGGCAUUAACAGAAGUAAAACCGGCAUAUGGUGUGUCAGAGGCCGAGCUUGAAGAUGCUGUCGGUCUGGGAAUCAUUCGGUUCAGUCGAUACAUCGGCUCGACUAUCGACGAGAUGAUGCGUGUAGUGGGUAUGAUCAAAAACGACCCCAACAAAUUUAGCACGUCUGUACUCUUCCACGGCCCCAAAGGUGCAGGAAAGACUGCUCUGGCCGCCCAUAUUGCCAUGCAGUCCGACUUUCCCUUCGUCAAGUUGGUUACGCCGGCAGAUCUUGUUGGGUACAGAGACGACUUUGCCAAGAAGGAUUAUGUCCACAAAGCAUUCGCGGAUGCCUACAAGUCACCUGCCUCAAUUCUCAUCCUUGACGACUUUGAGCGUCUUAUCGGCUGGAACCCCAUCGGGCCUCGUUUCUCCAACGUUAUGCUGGAGGCUCUUACUACCCUCAUUGUUUCCAAGCCUCCUAGAAAUCACCGCCUCCUCGUUUUCGUAACCACAUCCAAAGCUGCCGUACUCAAAAUGCUCGAAAUCGACACCGAUUUUGCAAAGAGGGUCGCAGUCCCUGCUGUUGCUGACGCCGAAGAGCUCGCUGCUGUCUUGCAUGAAUCACGUGUCUUCAAUUCCAAUGAUAUCGACCAGGUAGUUAAUUUGGUACGGCAGCGCACGGGAUCGGACAAGGUUGGAAUCGGUAUCAAGACGAUCCAGGACUUGAUCUUCGAGGCCAAGGCUGGAGAAUCCAGCAGCCAUGUAUUGGAAACCUUUUCGGAGCUGUUACUGGACAACAUUCAGGGCCUAAAUCUUUGA